AUGGCCGAUCAGAUCAGACAGCUGCAGGACCAUGUCGACACCCUCUUCAAUUCCAUGAACUCGCUGCGCCAGGAGACGGCGCGCCUCGCCCCGCUGCAGGACCGUGUGCUCCCACCCCCUUCGGGCGCCGCCACGCCCUCUCCCUCGGCCUCGUCCGGCACCUACCAGCGGCCUGCCCUCCCCUUCCGAGUUCCCUCCUACUUCAACGGCCCAACCAGCCUCGCCUUCACCGUUGGUGUCGCCAAGAACACCCUCCAUACCAUGGGUUACUCCGGCGUAGGAGACAGCAACGAGGACAGCGGGACGCAGCCCGAUUCGACGCCCCAUGCGUCCCCUUCGCUGCCCCCCGUGUUCUCCGAUGCCCUCGCACAGGGCGCCAUCGACCCCAUCUGGGAGUUCGACGAGACCGAGAUGACGCGCCUGCUGCACGUCUUCUGCGAGGAGAUUGACGUCAUGUACCCCGUGACAUCCAUCAACUCGGUCAAACAGCACAUCAAGCACAUCGCCUCGUGGACCGACACGGCCAGACGGACCGGCGCCGCCCUUUCACCCGGCCUGGAUCAGAUCGUCAUCGACCCCAAGACACUGCUGCUGAAGAUCCUCCUGUGCUGCGCUCUGGUGGUGGCCGAGCACGGCAACAGCGACAGGGCCGUGCGUCUGUACGACAGCGUCCAGCCAACCGUCGACAAGAUGCUCACAAGCGAGGCCGCCGACGUGACCCAGCUAUCCUUCCUCGCCCUGUGUGCCGGCUAUCGCUACCUCUCUAACGACGAGGUGCUCGCCUGGCGUCUGAUCGGCCAGGUCGCCCGCCUGUGUUUCGAGCUCGGCCUGCACCGCCGGGAGGGCCUGCAGAAGAUUUCCGACCCGCAGCUGCGCCGGAACGCGCUGCAUACCUUUUGGUCUGCGUACGUCCUGGACCGGCGGUGGAGCUUCAGCACCGGCCUGCCGUUUGUGUGCCACGACGACAAGAUCGAUCCGAAAUUGCCGUACCCGGAGGGCCAUCCGUUUUUGGUUGCCAUGAUCGGAUACUCUCGGCUCGGUGCCAAGAUAUGGAGGCUCGUCGACUAUUUUGAGCCUGCCGUCAUCCGGGAGCUGAAGCCCCACGACUUUGACGAACUCGACCGCGAGAUCAUGGACUGGUACCAGAGCGUGCCCGAGGAGAUGCAAACCCAGCGGCUGGAUAACGGCGAGCCGUCGGUGCCUUCGGGGCGGUACGACCUCCAGCGGCUGCGUGUCUGGACUUGGCUGAGACUGAACCAAGUGCGAAUCUGGCUGUACACGCCCGUUCUACACAGCGCAACUAGUAUUUCCGAGAACGUGCCACUCGCCCGCAAGGUAGUUGACCUAGCCCAGCAAACCAUCCGCCUCCUCGCGCAGCUCAACAACGAAACCGAUCUGUACCGGCGCAUCCAAGUCUUCUACCACCAGUUCCUCACGUCGUCCAUCGCGGUGCUGUUCCUCGCCUCCACGCACGCGCCCCUGCUGUUCAGCGCCAUGUGCCGCGACGAGUUCUACAUGGCGCUCGACCUCGUCAAAGACAUGUCAUCGCGAUCAUGGGUCUCGCACCGCCUAUGGCGCACCAUCCGGUCGCUGCGCGCGUAUGCGCCCAGCCUGGGCCUCGGGGACAGUUCAACCCGCCUGCCGGCGGUGGCAUCACCGUAUGCGCACACCAGCGGCGGCGGUAGCAGCGGCAGCUCCGGCUACAGCCCUAGCGUGCCGGGCCUGCUGAACAGCGGCGCCGCCAGCCGGCCCGGGAGCCGAGGCCGCACUGCCAGCGUGGCGAGCCCGCCUGCGCCCACACCAGGCACGUCGCAGCCGAUGCAGAUAGACGACCCCCUUAGCAAUGGGCAGCGGCUGCAGAGCGAGAUGCUGCGCAUCUAUGAGGGCUACACGGGCAGGACGGGAGUGGCUGGCGGCGGCGGCGGCGGCGGCGUGCCGGGGCCGGGGCCGGGGACGGCGGACAUGGGGUAUGGCAGCCCCGGGCUUGGCAUUACGGGGGUUUUGGCGGGAGGCGAGGGAUUGGCGGGACAGAAGGAUGCGAGCGUGUACCAGCAUUUGAAGGAUAUGUUUUGA